AUGGGUAAUGUUGAGAAAGGCGAGAAGACUUGUGUUCAGAAGUGCGCUCAGUGUCACACCAUGGAAAAGGGAGGCAAGCACAAGACUGGUCCAAAUCUCCAUGGUCUAUUUGGGUGGAAGGCGGGUCAGGCCCCUGGAUUCUCUUACACAGACGCCAACAAGAACAAAGGCGUCAUCUGGGGAGAGGAUACACUGAUGGAGGAUUUGGAGAAUCCCAAGAAGUACAUCCCUGGGACAAAAAUGAUCUUCACUGGCAUUAAAAGGAAGUCAGAAAGAGCCGAGUUGAUAGCUUAUGGCCACUGCCUUAUUGAUGACAAAACAGACAUAUCUCAGCUUUUUUACGUAACUCAGAUCAUGAAUGAUUGA